CCCGCAACUUAAAGAAGGCAAAGAGAGACGACGAAAUCUCAGAGACCAAACCCUAGCUUUCCCAAAUAUCCGCGCUAGAUCAAAACCCUCGUUAUCGGAUCCCCGCAAUCGGAUCCGGAUCCGAUUCUAAUGGAAGAGGAAGACGCUCGAAGCGAGAGCAGCAACUACACUUCGGAGGACGAGGGAACCGAUGACUACAGAAGAGGAGGCUAUCACGCUGUUCGAGUUGGGGAUUCCUUCAAGCAGGGAGCUUACGUAGUCCAAUCGAAGCUCGGUUGGGGCCACUUUUCUACAGUUUGGCUCGCUUGGGAUACGGUUCACAGUCGGUAUGUUGCACUUAAAGUUCAGAAAAGUGCACAACAUUAUACUGAGGCAGCCAUGGAUGAAAUAAAAAUCCUUAAGCAAAUUGCUGAGGGUGAUCCAGAUGACACCCGAUGCGUUGUUAAGCUCCUUGACCACUUCAAGCAUUCUGGUCCAAACGGUCAUCACGUCUGCAUGGUGUUUGAAUUCCUUGGUGACAAUCUUCUCUCCUUAAUCAAAUACACGGAUUAUCGAGGAAUUCCGCUCGCAAUGGUCAAAGAAAUAUGCCGCCAUGUUCUUGUUGGCCUAGACUAUCUCCAUCGUCAACUCUCCAUCAUUCACACAGACCUCAAACCUGAAAAUAUUCUUCUUGUAUCUACCAUUGACCCUACCAAAGAUCCACGCCGAUCUGAUUCUCCCCCUAUUAUUCCCGUUAUGAAGACUGAGGACCCAAUUCCUAAAACCCAGACACCGUCAAAUGGGGACUUGACACGUAACCAGAAGAAGAAAAUUCGAAGGAAGGCCAAGAAGGCUGCUGCUGCCACUUCAGGCACUGGUACUUCUUUGGCUGUAGCGGAUCAUGAUGGAUCUCAGGAAAAAGGAAGUUCGAGUGGUGCAAGUGAUAGUGCUGGUGGUGGAGUUGAGAAUGGGGCAGGGCAAGGGUCAAGAAGAGGGAGCAAAGGGACAAGAAGGAAAAUGGCAUUGGAGGUUGACCCAAAGUGCAAGCUAGUGGACUUUGGUAAUGCUUGCUGGACGUACAAGCAGUUCACAAAUGAUAUCCAGACUAGGCAAUAUAGGUGUCCUGAAGUUCUGCUGGGGUCCAAAUACUCAACAUCUGCUGAUCUAUGGUCGUUUGCGUGCAUCUGUUUUGAGCUUGCUACAGGGGAUGUGCUCUUUGAUCCACACAGUGGGGACAAUUUUGAUCGGGAUGAGGACCAUUUGGCGUUGAUGAUGGAGCUCCUUGGAAUGAUGCCUCGAAAGAUCGCCUUGGGUGGCCGAUACUCCCGGGACUUCUUCAACAGAUAUGGCGAUUUGAGACACAUUCGCCGCCUCAGAUUCUGGCCUCUUCACAAAGUUCUUAUGGAAAAAUACGACUUCAGCGAGCAAGAUGCCACAGACAUGGCCGAUUUUCUUGUCCCAGUACUUGACUUUGUCCCCGAGAAGCGACCAUCUGCUGCACAAUUACUUAUUCAUCCUUGGCUGGAUGCAGGGCCAAGGCUUUGUCAGCCCACAGCAGAGCCUUCAGAUGAUAAGCAGAAAAAGGAUAAGGAUGAAAGAGAGGCGAUGGCAACAGAACUUGGUAAUAUUGCCAUUGGUGGUCAAUCUCAUAGUAAACUGAACAAAGCUGGUACUGCUGUUUCUCGGUAGUGAUUUUUUUUUUCAUGAUAUUUUUGGGCUGUCUGGUUUGGGAUUUAGGGUUUAUGGAUGGUGUAAGAGUGAAGGUUAGUGAGUGUUAGAAUUGUACUAGUAGGUGGAUUCAAGCAAUUUGUUUGGGACUGUUGAAGACUGUCCCGCUGGUUUGGACAUUUGAUUUAUUUUGGCUUGGAGUAUUUGAUUUUUAUCUCUAUAUGAGAAAGGCUCCCUUUUCUUCAAAAUCCUCCAAGCUAUAUUCUUCUAUGCAACCUGUUCUAUUGAUCAAACUGUAAUCUAAACUGUGACUGCAAUUCCCUCCUUUUAUUUUA